AAAAAACAAUUGGAGAAGGAAGUGUCCAAGGCAAGCUGAAGAGGGAAAUCUUAAUCAUCUCGGAAGGUUCCCGCACUGAUUGAAUUUAGUGCACGGGAAUGCAAAUAAAAGACUUCAAAUAAAACAUGGAGCAAAGCAAAGGAGAGCAAACUUUACUUAGUGAAGUUCAAAAGGCAAUUCCCCAAAGAUCAGGAAAUGUCACAUUUUUUAAGAAAGUUGGUCUUGAAAAAGGAGGCAGUAGAUUUUUGGUAAUAUCUACAAACAGGGUUUUUAUACUCUCUACAAAGACACCAUUCAAGGCUGAAACAAGCUUUCAUUUGCUUGAAAUCAAAUCAGUGGAAAGUUCAAAACCAUGCAUGCUGCAGUUCAAGGUGGUCCAUGAAAAACCGGUGUCAGUUGCUAUAGCAACAGAAAGUGAAGAUGAUAUCCAGUUUAUUGUCGCUCAGAUUAUUGCAUUGCUGCGUCACAACUUUCCUGGCUCAAGCAUAGGCAAUGAAUUGAAGUUAAAAAUCGAGCCUUCAGAGAAACUUGAAAAUAUCACAAAACUUGCUGUUGCACUUGCUAGUCCGGCAUCUGAUACUGAUAUGGGACCAUGUGGUGGAUUUUCGUUAUCAUACUCGUCGAUUUGCGAUCUGCAUGGAGCAAAACCGAUGGCUGAGGUCAUUUGGGAUGUGGAUAAAAUCUACGGAAGUCAUGGAUGUAAAAACUUCAACAUAUCUGAUUUCGACCAUUUAGAAGUAAAGGAACUGAUUCCUAUUCUCGAAACUUUCGAAUACAACAACUGGUUUCAAGGCCUUUCCUGUCGAUCCUACAAAUUAAGCAACGAGCUGGUAGAUGGUUUGGCCAAAGUCUUCAAAUCUAACACUUCGAUUGAAGAACUUGACCUUUACGAGUGUCGGCUAUCGAAAGAAAAUGUGCAGAAAUUGUCACAAGCUGUUACAUCGAAUCCGAAGACAGGGCUUAAAAGAAUAAAUUUGGGAAAGAAUACAAUAGAUGAUAGGGGCGCAUCUUCGUUUUGUGCUGUUUUGUCAGCACUACAGCAUGGUUUUGAGUCACUUCUCAUCAAGGAUGUUGGAAUAACUGGCAAAGGAGUGUCGUUGAUAUUCUCAGCCAUCAAAGGAAAUCACCACAUGACAUCAUCGCUAACAUGCCUGAAUCUAUCCUCCAACCCAUUAAAAGCUGAUGGCACCUCGGCAGUCUGUGAGUUUCUUGCAAAGGCCAAUGUCCUUCAAGAGCUUCAUUUGUCCAAUUCGGAAUGUUCUCUGGAGCUGGUAUUCGGAGCAUUGGCUAGGGGAUGUCUUCAGCAUUUGAAGAUUGUAAAUUUAGCAGGGAAUCCUCCUUCGUAUAGAAAAUCUAAAGAUACUCAAAUUGCACCCUCUGUUACCACGUUCUUUAGUUCAAGUAUGGCCUUGGAAUCUGUAAACCUUUCUCGUACGAAGAUUUCUGCUGAGUUCACCAAAGCAAUUCUAAUCGGCUUGAUUUCCAACACUGGUCUUACAGAUGUUUCCUUAAAUCUAUCUGGCAAUGAGUUACGAUCGGCUGGAGCAGCAGAAAUAAGUAGCUGCAUUGACAGUGUCAAGAAUCUUGUUCAGCUGGAACUCGAUGAUAAUGGUUUGGACAUGGACCUUAUUGCCAUCUGCCAUAGUGUAAAAAAGAGCACCUCCCUUAAACGCCUUAGUCUGUCACAAAACAUCGGAAAAUCCAAGAAUAUCAAUGUACCUGAAAUUCUGGAAAGCAUUGUUGAAAUGAUCAUCAUGGAGUCCUUGCCAUUGACCUCACUUUCAAUCGCUGACAAUCGGCUGAGACAAGAUGCGUACGUGAUAAUCGAUGCACUAGGCACCAAUGGUCUUUUAGAAGAACUUGACAUAAGCGGAAAUUUUAUUGGUGAUGAAGGAGCAAGACUUCUAGCCAAAGCAUUGCAAAUAAACACCAAGUUAAAGAAGAUAAGCCUUGAUCGAAAUGGGAUCACUCUUAAAGGAUACAGCAGUAUUGCCAUGUCAAUCGAAAGGAAUUAUACACUGCAGUUAAUUCCAACCCCGUUCGGGGACCUACUGCCCCUGACGAAAAAUAAUGGACAAGCCGUAACUAAAUGUUUUACGAAAAUCGAUGAGCUACUGCUUCGAAAUCAGUCGAUUGAAGUUGGUGAGAAGGAUCCUUCUGUCAAAUUAAAGCAAAACCUACUGCUAAGCUCGCUAGAUCAAGAGAGCACCGACUAUUUAUUGGUUAAAGUCCAGGACGCCAUUGCUGAGCUGAAUGGGUUAGAAAAUGACGAAACCAUUGCAAAAGAGGUGGAAGCUGGAAAGGAAGCGAUUAAAGAUGCUGACAAAAUGAAGCAGAUGUUGUUCAAGCUCUUUGUGGACCUGGGAAACCCUUCGAAAAAGAUUGAAGAGAAAGCUGAUGAAAUGUUAAAAGAAGUCACUGGUUUUGCAAAUGACCUAGUCAAGGAGAAUGUAUCUGGUACGCUUGCACACGUGAAAGAACAAUGUUCUUCAAUUGCAUCUAACGAGGAAACGCUGAAAGAGCUUGAAGCAUUGGUUUCAUCCGAAGGCAAAGUUGAUAGUCUUGGACUGAGAGAGACCAUAACACGAACUAUGGUGGGCCUUAUUUCAAAUAAAGUGAAUGAUGCAACCCUUCGCGUUGCUUCUGCUCUUGGUGAAAGCCUCACAAACAUGAUGCAAGAGACGCUGAACCAGUCAAAGGUCAAACUGGACUUACUUUCGAUGGAAAACAAAGAUAAAGAGUUGAAUAAGGAUGCUCAAAAGACAGGAAGCUUGCCAAGAUCACCUGUCGAUGACAAAGAUGAGAGUCUGCUGGCUGCACAGAAAGCAAAGAAUCGUAUGAGCACCCAGCUUUUUGCUGAUGAUGGAACGGUCCGGAGCAAAGGAAUUGCCAGGCGCCCAACAUUUAGGCGUGAAAAGCAGUUCGAAGACGUUGCCGUGGAGAUUUCCAUUGAUGAUGUCCCUGUUGUAGAAAAUAACGAGAAGGUUGAGAAAGAGGCAGAACUAGAACGAAAAACAGAGGCUAAGGAAGAAGAAAGUAUAGAACUGCCUAAGGAGAAAAAGAGCCAAUCAGAAGAGGCGGAGAAAGAAGCAAAGCAAGAAGCAAAGCAAGAAGCGAAGCAAGAAGCGAAGCAAGAAGCAAAGCAAGAAGCAAAACAAGAGAAAGAAGAUGAUAAAAAAUCUGGGAAGGCAGAAGAUCAUUCCGAAGCAAAGAAAAAGGAAGAGUUUGUGACAGACUCUGGUAAAUUAGAAGCAUCAGCAAAACUUCAUAAACCAAAGUUGGAACAAAGUAACCCUCGAGCGGGAAGUCUUUCUUUAAAACCAAACAAAAUGUCACUAGAAGUGGGGAAAAAGCCAAGGCCUUUGAGUGACCUUUCGUUUCUAGAAAUAGAUCGCGCGACAUCUAAAGAAUUGAUACAUUUGAACAAGGGAAGAGCUAAACCGAAGGGUAGGCGCCCCCCUUCUAAAGCAGCUGAUUUGUCCCAUCUGACGGCCAAUGAGGAGGAGAUCGAUGUUGAUGAAACGCCGAAGGAGGAAAAUAGAGAGGAGACGACGCCGAAUUCGAAGAAAGAAGAAAAAGGCUUGAGAACGCCUCCAAAGCCCAGGCCGAAGUCAAUGCAGCCUCUGGAAUCGCCGAGCACGGAAAAAGAAAUGGGUGUCAUACGAACUGGCUCGAUUCCUCACAAAUCAUCGGAAGCUUUGAAGGCAAAAUUGAAAUUAGAAGAGGAAGAUCCUAAAGUUGAUCUGACUUCAAAGCCAGAUAUAACAUCUCCGCCAAGACCAGAGCCUCCUAAGAAGGAAGGUUCCGUGAAGAAGAAACCUAAGCUGCCAAUGGGGGUCCCCUUGCCUGGAUUCCCAAAUAUUCUUGGAAAACCCAGCUUGCCUAAGAAGGACAGGUCCCCAUCGCUUAAAAAGGAUGAACAAAAUGAAGGAAGCCAGAUACAUAACUCAGAGGAUGAAACUUCUAUGAAAACUGAAGAUAGUAACGUUGAUACAUUGAAGUUGGAUGACAAUAUUGGGAGCGAAUCCAGUCCGCAGGCGGAGGCAGAAAAAGAGAAGACGCCUGAGGUUGCGGAGAAACCAAAGCCAAAGAAAUUUAAGCCGCCUGGGGGUGUGCCAAUGGGGUUUGGUGGGGCAUUGAUGGCAGAAAUGAAGAAAAAGCGGGGUAUAAAAGACAAGGAGCCUGAAACUCCCGAUAAACAUGCUACUGAAGAAAAGCCUGCCACUGAGAAUAAACCUCCUGCUGUGACGUCACCACCUACCGCAGCGAAGCCAACACCGGCCGCUAGGAAGCCGCCUCCUCCAGCGAGGCUUUCAGCAGAGAAAAGAAGGUCCUUGAUUCUUGAAGCAGGAGCCAAACCAAUUAUCACAGAUAAACCUGAUGGGCCUGUAAUCGAGGAGAAAAAAGAGGCCGACGCGGCGGAGGAGAAACUAACAGCAACUGAAGGCGAAGGAGGAUCGGCAGAAAAACAUGGCGAUGGCACAUCUGAGGAAGCAGAAAACCAAGGCAACAAGGAAACUACUGAAGAGACUGUGAAAGAGAAAAAUAUUUCAGAACAGAAUAAUAAUAUCGAUAUCGGAGAAAAUGAGAUGUGAUGAACAAAUGAAUAUCCAGCUGUUUGAAGAAGAGAAGAAAACUGUUUAUGGGGACAAUCAAAGUAUAUUUUUAUGACUCGUCUUGUCUUUUGCAUCAUAUUAUACACAUAAACAGGUUUAUGUAUAUCUUUUUUGGAGAUUCAGAAUAAUUAAUAUUUCGCAACUGGGAAUUUUGUAAACAGAUGUAGCUUUGUAAACAUGCCUCGUAUAAUAGGUAGUAACACCUCGUCAGUUUGUUAAGAUGUGGUAUUUAUUAAUAAAUGAUAGACAAUGUUUCAAAAGUGAGAGUAGGAAUUGCAUCAAACAUUCAAAGACAUUGUAUCAAGAAUUACUUACUUAAAUUUAAGGCACAGACUUUUGUUGAUAAUAGGAAGUUGACUUUAAAGCGUCGAUCUUUGCCAGAAAUGAAGUUUUGUAACUCUGUUUAAAUUUCGUAUUUCCAUCUCACAGAGUUUGUAGGGUAGUCAUACGCAUAUAAAAAGUAUACUUAGCAUUUUAAAGCAAUCUGUUUCGAGUUUUGUAACAAAAAAUCUUCGUAACUUGUAGAAAUGUUUUAGAUGGUCUCACGAGUUGUAAAUUUAAAGUUUACCAUUAUGAAAUAUAUCUGCACGUUCUUUCGUUGAUCGUUGAUUUAGUA